CUUUUUUCUCGCCACAAUUUUUAUAGCUUUCAAAUUUAUAAAAAUCCUUUUCCUUUCUAAGCUCUUUUUUAAAUAAUUUAAUGUCUGUAAUUCGAAAAGAACUUGUUCAUGCAGCAAUGAAUAGGUCACUUGCAUUAAUAAAUAAUAAUAUCCAUAAUGAUAUACACAAACGAUAUGAAUUUAGAAAACAAACACUUCUUGCUGAUAAUUCUCUUACAAAAGAUGAAAAAAAUUAUGCAAUAAAUUGGAUAACUACCAGUUAUGAUCGAAAUAAAAUUCUUGGAAAUUCAGGAACAAGAAGAAUUUGUGAAAAUUGUAAUCAAAAAUGUUUAGCUACAUUAUAUUGUGAAUUUUGUGUUCGAAAUUAUUUAAAAGAGAAAUUUUCAAAUUGGACAUCUGGAAAUGUUAAUAUUGAUAAUUUAAUCCAGAAAUGUCAAAUUGAAACAUUUGAACCAGGUACUAUAAUCGAAUGGAUUCCAUAUAAUAAUUUACAGAAUAUCAAGUAUUUAACAAAAGGUGAGUUUUCUGAAAUUUAUACAGCGGUUUGGGUUGAUGGAAGAUAUGAAGAAUGGGAUUUUAAAAAACAGCAAUUAAAAAGAUUUGGAAGACAUAAUGUAAUACUUAAAAAAUUAGAAAAUGUUGAAAGUGCGAAUCAAAGUUGGUUUGAAGAGGCUAAAUCACAUCUAACUAUAAGUAAUAAACAUGCGGAAAUAGUCCAGUGUUAUGGUUUAACACAAGAUAUAUCAAAUGGAAAUUAUAUGCUUGUAAUGUUUAAAAUGGACAUAAGUUUAAAAGAAUUUUUACAACAGAAUCACAGUGGAAACAAAAAAUCAAUAUAGCUUUUGAAAUAGUUAGGGCACUUAAUUUUAUUCAUUUUGAGAAUUUAAUUCAUAGAGAUUUGCAUUCUGGAAAUAUAUUGUAUUCACGACGUAGUAGUAAUUGGUAUAUUAGUGAUCUUGGAU